AUGAGACAUCUAUCGAACAGGGAUACUUACAACUUCGUAUUGCUGUGGUGGCGAAGCCGGUGCGAAGAUCAGGGCAGCAGUGAGCUCUCCGAAGAAGGAAGCCCUCAGAGAGAUUGCGAUCUUGCAUGCGUGUGUGGGACACCGUAUCCAUGCGAUCACUUUCUGCUGAGGCCCGCUGACCGGCAAACCUUACUACUGAUCGCCGACAUGGAAAUGCAGCGGGAAAGGUUUCCAAUGCAUGGAGUGGUCCCUGGAUGUUCAUUUGGGGUACGCCACCAGUCCAAGGUUUGGGGGUUAGCAUGA